AUGGCGAUGCUCACAUCAACCUCGGCAAUGUCGGUCCUGGCCUCCAACGUCUCGCUAGGAGCCAGUUAUCAGCUUCAGGUCAUUGGGGGGAACACCAUGAUUCACGGGACCGCUCUGUGCGAGAUGCCAGAAAGACACCUUGCCACAUGCUCGACGCACGGCUUGGUCCCAUGUCGUGCGGGAUUCAUCGAGCGUGCUGGGUCGCGGUAUCUGGCACUACGAGACUCGACUGCCGAAGACGAUGCGCGCUACUGUACACUACGAGGCCCUGUCGGCAAGGGCGAAUAUCAGAUCGCAAUCGAGUCGCAGCUGGAGAGGAGCUCAGCCCUGAUCGGGGUGAGCGUCUUUUCGUCUGGUUGGAUCGUCGUGGAAGACCAUGGGCGGAACUUGUUAAGGUUUGACAAGGACCUAAAUUCGAGUAGAUGGAUUGCGGUACCGGACGCGGACUCUGGUGCUUGGGUACCGUGGUGGUAUGCCCCCAGUGCAGCGAACCUGGAAGAUUUUGACAACUAUGUCACCAUUGAUAUCGAGCUGGUGGAGGUGUCUCAGUGA